ACAACUUUACCACAAUUUCGACCCGUUUUCAAAUCGGGUCAUUUGACCCGAAUUUAUUUUCCUUCUAUAUGCUACUUUUGAUGACUCUCUCUCUGUCACUACCAACAGCGAAAAUGGCAGGAAAAAGUAAAGAAAAGAUGGAAGGAGGAAGAAGAGGGAGGGCUUGUGUUGUUGUUUUGGGUGACAUUGGACGCAGCCCAAGAAUGCAGUACCAUGCUCUUUCACUCUCCAAUCAGGCUUUUCUGGAGGUAGAUAUCGUUGCAUAUGGAGGUUCAGAGCCUCAUACUUCACUUCUAGCCAACCCAUCUAUUCAUAUUCACCUAAUGAAGCAGUGGCCAACAGCACGUCAAAACUUACCGAAGAUACUUCAACCUUUCAUGCUUUUGUUGAAGCCCUUGAUUCAGUUUGUUAUGCUUCUUUGGUACCUUUGUGUAAAGAUACCUUCUCCUGAUAUUUUUAUUGUCCAGAAUCCUCCUUCCGUUCCAACUCUGGUGGCAGUAAAAUGGGCUAGCUGGUUGAGGAAUUCGUCAUUUGUUAUAGAUUGGCAUAAUUUUGGAUAUACUUUACUUGGAAUGUCCCUUGGAAGGAAUAGCCGUUUUGUCUCUUUAUACAAAUGGUUUGAGAAGCAUUAUGGUAAAAUGGCUGACACUUCUCUAUGCGUAACAAAAGCAAUGCAACAUGAAUUGGCUCAAAAUUGGGGAAUUAAUGCUACGGUAUUGUAUGACCAGCCCCCCGACUUCUUUCAUCCGGCUUCACUCGAGGAGAGGCAUAAGUUGUUUUGCAGAUUGAAUGAACACUUUUAUCAUCCUCUUGGUGUUGGAGAUUGUGUUAGCAACGGAACAUCACUGAUGAGUAGCCAAAUUCAAAAUGAGACUUUAUUCACAACUGAGGCUGGUUCAAACGUAAGUUUGAAGCCAAACCGACCUGCACUUGUUGUAAGCAGCACAAGCUGGACUCCUGAUGAAGAUUUUGGCAUUCUCUUAGAAGCUGCUUUAAUGUAUGACAGACGUGUUGCUGCUAUAUUAAAUGAAGAUGAUUCACUAGAUGAGGAGGUCAUUUGGAAAGAAAUAUCUGACGGAAAACAAUGUUUAUAUCCGAGAUUGUUGUUCGUCAUCACUGGUAAAGGUCCUGAAAAAGCAAAGUAUGAGGCUAAAAUAAAGUCAUUGAAGCUCAAACGUGUGGCAUUUCGUACCAUGUGGCUGUCUGCUGAUGAUUAUCCAUUACUGCUAGGAUCAGCUGAUCUAGGUGUUUGUCUACAUACUUCAUCCUCAGGAUUAGACCUUCCCAUGAAGGUUGUUGAUAUGUUUGGCUGUGGACUGCCUGUUUGUGCUGUUUCAUAUUCUUGCAUUAAAGAGCUGGUUAGCGUUGACAAAAAUGGUCUUCUCUUCUCUUCAUCUUCAGAGCUAGCAGAUGAACUUUUGACACUCUUCAAGGGAUUUCCCAACGAGUGUGAUUCUUUGAAGGUUCUCAAAUCAGGUGCAUUAGAUACCGGUGCUUCAUCAAGGUGGGUUACUGAAUGGGAAGAACAUGCAAAGCCACUGAUAACCGAGGUUAUAUCAAGAUUUUGAUUUUCUGUGUUCUUAGAAGACGUUUUUGACCAAUGACAGCAAAAUUUGGUAAAUCUGUUGGUUUGAUUGAUCCUAUAGAUGGUUGAUUAGCAUCAUAUGCUAAUAAUAUGAUUCGACAAUGUUCAAGUCAGAGUUACUUUCAACAGAAUAUGUAUGCAGCAAUCUCCAACAUCUGUCUAAUGUUGACUUGCUGCAUUUGUUGUAAAUAGAAGUCUGAAAAUUUUGUUUUAUUUGAAUUAGGGUUUAUUUUCUUUUAAUAUGUACCGAUUCGGAGAUUCAUAAUAUAUUUCAGUAAAAGUGAGGUUAUUUUAUACUAAA